ACCCUGAACUGUACAACUUACCACAGGCGCUACGGAUAAGUCAAUUCUGGUUUACAAGAAAUACCGGCCGUUGGGGUUAGGGAGGAGCGAAUGGUUAUGGGACGCGACGCGUUGUUCUCCGUUCUCGACCAAGCGAUUCAGUGAUCAGUGUUCAGUUGUCCACAGGCAACGGUGUCGUGAGGUAGUAAUUGGUAGUAGCAGUGCAAAUAUUGAGCCUUCAGUUCUAGUAUCGUGUAGUCUCAUUGCGCGUGUGGUUUGUUUCCCGUUUUUGAUACUUCUUUCGUGAAUAUAUUGUAUAUCAAAUAGAAUAAUACGAUGGCCGUUAGCAAGGCGUAUUAUGGCAUCAGCGGUGCAUCUUACGUAUCGGGUAAUGCGUACUACGGUUUUGUGCCGCAAAAUAACGUGAACCCGGAGCCGGGUAAUUGUAGUAGUAGCUGCUGGGACGUGAAUAUGAAAGAUACGACGAGCGGAAACUGCCACGGUGCAAUGGAAACCGACGACGAAGGCCGUGCCGCUGAUCUCGUAAAUAACUAUUGCGUGAUUCCAGAGGCUUUGCGCGGGGUUAAUCCGGCUGUUUAUACUUCGGACGAUCACGAUCAUCCGGUAUCGAGACCCGGCGCUUUCGGCCAGGACCGACAGCAAGCGUGUCAGGAUGCCGCGCUCCGAUACAACCGGAAACGCAACAAUAACGGAGAGCUGAUGCUCGCUGACCCGGAUCAGUUCAAAAGAUUACGGAAAGGUAGUGGUAACUGCUGCACUUACCAUGGUAGAACGUACGCCAAAGACUGUGGAUUGGCCGAGAUGCGUUGUAAAUCGGCACGACUGUGCAUAAAUGGUGAAUUGAAAUAUCGUGAGCAACAGGAAUUAAUGGCUACGGUUAAUAGCUGUUUCCACGCAGCAGGUAACCAUGGUAAAUUAGUUAAUCACGAUAGUAAAAAAUGUAACAAUCCAUUGAAUGGUAAUUCAAAAUUGAAAUACUGCCACGAUGACGCCGAGUACGAGAGAAUGUUGUUAGAAACACAUGGGUGCUCGGUGUAUCAUCAUCAACGAUUUCAAUCACAAAGUGGAAUUGAAGAAGCAGAAUUUUAGAAUUUUGUGGCACUUAACAAUCAUUUAAUAAUUGUUCAAUGUUUUUUUUCACGAAUUGUUUUUACUACCAGUUGACACGCAAUAUGUCGUUACCACUCAUACUUGUCAAGAUUUUCAAUGUAUGGGACUACAAUUGGUACGAUAUUAAGUAACCAAGUUAUAUA